GAGCUUGAAAGGCUAUUUGACGAUCUCCAAUUGCAUGCACGUUUCGUGCCGCCGAAAUUCACUUCGAAUAUCCUAUUCGCUGCCGGUCGUCGUCGCAGCUGUCAGCAAACGGUCAAGCCGUUGUGUGCUGAGUUGAACAGCCAACAAUCGGCGCACGUGGAAGUCGAGAUCCGUUGACUCACUCCCGCUUCCCAUUGAACGGUGUCCUGCAGAAACAACGCAGCGCGACAGCUUGCAGCAAAUAGCCUCAGCCAGACCGCCAACGAGACCGCCUCUCGUCCUGUUGUGCUAGCACUGCGCUUAUCUGUGUGCGACUUUGUACCCACUUUUUACAACUUUCUUUUACUAUGGAUCUCGUCAACCACCUCAAUGAUCGACUGCUAUUUGCCGUGCCAAAGAAAGGCCGGCUGAAUCAACAAUGUCUGGACUUACUAGCUGGCUCAGAUAUCCAAUUCCACAGACACAACAGGCUGGAUAUUGCUCUUGUCAAGAACCACCCUGUGGCUCUGGUUUUCCUUCCAGCUGCGGACAUCCCAACUUUCGUCGGAGAAGGCCGAGUGGAUCUGGGAAUCACUGGACGAGACACUGUUGCCGAACAUGAAGCUGUCGUGCCUGGAACGGAAAGCCACGGAAUUGAGGAAAUUAUGGACCUCGAAUUCGGACGUUGCAAACUUCAAGUUCAAGUGCCUGAGAAAGGCGAUAUUGAGACACCGGAGCAGCUCGUCGGCAGAAAUGUUGUCACUAGCUUUACUGGUCUUACUGAGGAAUAUUUCCGACAACUCGAAAACAAAGGCACGCAGACCAACGGCGAUGGCGAGAAGACCAAGCUGAAGACGAAUGUGAAGUUCGUCGGCGGCAGUGUGGAAGCCGCUUGCGCUCUGGGUGUGGCAGACGGAAUCGUUGAUCUGGUAGAGUCUGGCGAAACCAUGAGAGCCGCUGGACUUAAAGCAAUUGCAACAGUCGUGGAGUCUACCGCAGUCCUCAUCCGAUCAAGACAGCCUUCAGACCCGAAGCUCGUCGAGAUCAUCGCCAACAGAAUUCGCGGUGUCAUCACAGCACAGAAAUACGUGCUUUGCACGUACAACGUGGAGCGCAAAAACUUGGACCAGGCAAGGAAGAUCACACCUGGCAGGAGAGCGCCUACUGUCAACACCUUGGAAGAGGACGGCUGGGUUGCCGUGCAGGCGAUGGUGUUGAGGAAGGACAUCGCCAACGUGAUGGAUGCUUUGCAGAAUGUUGGCGGCACUGACAUCUUGGUGACAAAGCUUGAGAAUUCUAGGACUACAUAGAUCCGUACUACAAAGAGUGUUGUAAUGAAAGACGACAAUGUCUGACUUUUGCUCGGCCUGUUCGAGCGGGUAUAUCCUCAAUAACGCCAUGAAACUCCUCCG